ACUUCUAUGACAAAACGAAAAUAACGGAAUAGGUUAGGAUAAAACGACUAAAAGUCAUCUGUGUUACCAUGCUUAAUAUUAAGGGCACAUUUUUUUGUACGUGAACACUCAUCGGGCAUAUUCAAAUUAAUAUUAUUGAUAACCAAACCUGGGCAAAUUACUAGUUCAUUAAAUCACAUACAAAUUCUGUAUGACCUUGAACUUUACAGUUUAUGGCUGCGUUAUAACAUCGUAAAAGUUGGAAGACACUAGAAAUGGAGAGCUUUGUGGGAUAUAUACACAUUCGUUAUGCUAAUUUAAAACGUUAUUUUGACACAGAAUGUUCGGUAAAAAAAUUGUUAUUUAUUUUCCUGUCUUCGUGUGUUAUAUGGUAUUAUAUUGGAGCUAGAGGAAGAAAGGAUUUACGAGAACCGUGCCAAUUCCAAAAGGUUCCAUUUUCUUCGUCAGUGAUGGAAACUUUAAAACUAGAAAAAGAAGUUAAAUGUAACGUUUGGAAUUCUUUUGUAUAUUUUGACAAAACUGGAUACUUGCAUCUAAAUCACAGUGCUAUAUAUGGUGCAGGAUUUAACCAAAGUCAACUAACUUGUGAAUAUGCCAUAGUUUUAAUGGACGGAUUUCACGGAAGUAAACUUGUGGCUAACACAAUUUUAACAAAACCUACUUACGUUCCGAACGAUUUUGUGUAUGUCGUUUGUAAAACAUUAAACAGAAAAACUGUCUAUGCUAAUUUUCAUUAUAACGUUAAUACAGAAAUUAACAAAAGAGAAUUAUUGCCCGACACACAAGACCAGUUAAACAUUGUAUUACUUGGUAUUGACUCUACCUCUAGAUUUUUAGCUGAAAAACAGCUACCAAAAACACUGGACUUUUUUGAAAAUACUCUUGAAGCUUACCCUCUGAAAGGCUAUACUAGAAUUGGGGACAAUACGCUGCCGAAUAUUAUUGCUGCAUUAACGGGAAAGACUCUUGUAGAGUCUGUGUUGUCUACAUCCGGUUAUCCUUCUCUGUAUAAGGAAAUACUAAAGCGGAAGUACAUCGACUGCUUCUCGGAAGAUUGGGCACCAUUCCUGCCACCUCAUCUCGUGAAAUACCCAAACUAUACGCAUUAUCUCCGCAGCAUAGUGGUGGCCAGUAAACAGUCUGAAUUUAAAAUGUUUCAGCAAACAUUAAAUAACAACACAUUCGAAGCGCAAGACGAAAAACUUUGUUUUGGGAAUAAUUUUAAACACAAUAUUGUACUAGAUUAUGGAAAACAAUGCAUUGAAAAAUACAAAAACAAACGGAAAUAUGUGUUUAUGUGGGUCACUGAGCUUGCGCAUCAUCAUCCCGAAUACUUAUCAUUGGGAGAUAAUGACGCACAUAGUUUACUAAAAUGGAUGCAUACUUCGGGAAAGCUUACGAAUACAGCUUUCGUUUUAUUCAGUGACCACGGGUCACGCUAUGGAACCUUAACUGAGCAUGAAAUUGGUCGAAUGACGAAAAAUCUUCCUCUUCUAUCUUUAUACUUGCCACCUCAUUUAAAAUCUAGAUAUCCUCAUAUUAACAGAAAUCUUAAGUAUAACGCCGCUCAACUUACAACGCCGUUUGAUUUACAUGAAACACUUCUAGAUAUUUUUACACAAAAUUUUAAAGAGCAGAUAGACUUCACUGACAAUUGUGUUCUCCCUAGAGGAAUAAGUUUGUUCCGUAAAAUACCUAGUAGAAGAAGUUGCUACGAUGCAUCGAUUGUUGAAAAUUACUGUCCUUGUUAUUCGUACCAGCCAAUAAAUGUAGAAGAUAAAGUUGUUCAGAAAUCAGCGAUAUUCGUUGUUUCAAUAAUAAACGAAAUGUUAUCAAAGAGCCCUUUCUCGUGUAAAGCUUUGGGAUUAAUAGAUGUAGUUUCUGCAAAAAUUCAGCGUAUUCCUCAAAACUCCAAUACAAAUCAAAGAUCAUCAGUUCGUUAUGUUAUUGUUUUUAAGACAUUUCCUGGAUACGGUAUGUUUGAAGCAAGUGUAGAAUACAGCCAUUCCAACGAGGCUAAGUUAAUAGGGAAUAUAGACAGAAUUAACUCCUAUGGGAAUCAAUCGAGGUGUGUGUCAGAACAAGUAGAUAUUACUUAUACAAGUUUACGACAAUAUUGUUAUUGUGCUUAAAGAAAUACUCUUUCUGAA